UUCCGGGGUGGCGGCGGUUUUCGUGGCGGCAGAGGAGGAGGAGCCGCGCGCAGAGGAGGAAGAGGAGGAGGGUUGCCGGUUCGUUCAACGCCGUAUACGAUUGCAAAGGCAAGCAAGAAAUGCCAAUUUCUUUAUUUCCGCUAAUUAGGUUUCAAAAAAAGAAAAACCCAAGCGCUUCAGUCCACGGCGUCGAUGCCCAAAAUAUAGUGAAAUGACUCUGGAAAUUUUACUAUUUUAUCUGUAGACUAAACCCUGAAAAAAAAAGAGAAAAGAAAAAAAGAAAAAAGAAAAAAAUUCUGUUGUUAAUUUUGACAAGACCAAGGUUUGCAAACCCUAAUUCAGAAAUCCUAAGUAGUCUUCAUUGGCCCAGUUGAAUGAAAAUUGAAGCAGUUUUUACCAUCUUUGGGGAUUACCUGACAGUGUAUUUGUUUGUGGGGAUUGCUAGUGUUAAAUUUUGACAAGAUCCAGAUUUCCAAACCCUAAUUCAGAAACCGUAAAUAGCUGUACUAAAGAGAUUCAUUAGGCCAUCCAGCUGAGCCGAAUGAAAAUUGAAGCAGUAUAACAUAUCUUUAUAUAUUUGGUGGAGCGAAUAUCAGUCUUGGGGAUUGCCAACUUUACAGUAUUUUCUGGAAAAUGCUAGUGUUGCAGGGAAAAAUGAUUCAAGGUGGAGUUUUCUGCAAAAUUUAGGACAACACGUAGAUUUCCCUCACAAGAAAACAGCUUGGAUGUUAAGUGUUGUGUUUUUUGAGGGAAAAUAUGUGGUUUCUGGCAUACCCCUGAUAUCAGGACAUAUACCAGCCAUAUUGCUUGUCAUCACAUUACAAGAAAAUGUUCAAAAUUUUAGCAUGAAUGAUUGAUGUCUUUUGAGGUUAAAAAAUAUGGUUUCUGGCAAUCCCAAAUCUCAGAACAUAUAUCAGCUGUAUUGUUUCUCUUCAUAUUACAAGAAAAUGUUGCAUUGUUAACAUGAAAGGUAGACUUUGGCAAUCCCCAAGUUUCAGGACAUCUGCCAGCUGUCCUGCAUCUCUUCACAUUACAAGAAACUGUUGCAUUAUUAGCAUGAAAGGUAACUAUGGUAUGUUGUUUUUCAAGGCCAACAGAAAAGUUACUCUUAGCCAAUAGCCGGUUCAAUUGUUGGGGGUUCUUGCAAAUUUUCUUGUAAAUGGAAGUAUCCAAGGAUUCUAAGAAGAAAUAAGCAAGAGAACCACUGCUCUAAGGCAUGCUGCAUAGCUGGCUGGAGGCCCUGGUUCAGUUCACCACCUUGCUGAUUCUUUCACUCCACAUGGAUCGGUCCUUGGAGCAUAAACUGACAAAUGCUGUUUCUUAACCAUUAAUCAUAAGCGCUUGAUCUGAACAGCUCAUGUGGUUGGUUUUUUCCUUUAGCAUCUCCGAGGAGGAGUCUUUCAGCCGAGCCAACGGUGCUAUUUGGCAGAAUGACUUGUUUGAGGAUAGCAUGGAAGCCUUAGGUAUGCCGUAUGGAAUUGAGACUGGAACCAAAUUGUAUGUCUCCAAUUUGGAUUAUGGAGUUUCAAAUGAUGAUAUGAAGCAACUUUUCUCAGAGGUUGGUGAACUCAAAAGGUGUUCAAUUCACUAUGACAGAAGUGGUCGCUCAAAGGGUACAGCAGAGGUAGUGUUUGCAAGGAAGGGUGAUGCUCUUGCAGCAAUGCAGAGAUAUGAUGGAGUCCAGCUUGAUGGUAAACCCAUGAAGAUAGAGCUUGUUGGUACAAAUUUGAACUUGCCUGUCUUGACUGGAACAUCUUCUGUAAGAGGACGUGGAGGUGCUAUGACAAGGGGAUUUUCAGGAGGUAUGAGACGAAGAGGUGGUGGUGGUGGCUGGAACCGUGGCCGCGGCCUUGGUUUUGGGCGUGGGCGUGGGCGUGGACGUGGGCGUGGAAGAGGUCGAGGCAGAGGCCGCAGAAGCCAAGUACCAGAGAAGUCUGUGGAGGAGCUUGAUAAAGAACUCGAAACCUAUCAUGCUGAAGCCAUGCAAACAUCAUAGAGGGUGUUGUUAUUAUUGAAGAUCCAGUUGCAAUCAAGCUUUUGUCAAAGAUGUUCCAAUCCUUUUGUUGAGAAUACUAACGAAGACAGGUGGUGGAGAGAAAGCUGCCAUUUUUGGUAUUUUUGUUCAUUCUAUAGGGGUUAUCCCUCCAGUUUAUGCUACCUAGGAUUUUUUUGGGGUCUUCUGAAACAUCUAUUGGUUCAAAUUGCUUUUGUCUGUGAGAUUUACUUCUGUAAUUACUGAACUUUCCAAGGGACAGAGAUAGUAGUUUAUCUGAAGAUGGGUGUGCCAUAGCGUGUAUCUAUACUGUCAUUCUUGUCAGUUAUUACCUGCACAUUUGAAAAUGUCCCAUACAGAUACAUGGUAUGAGAAAUUGCCUUGUAAGCUUUUAUCAAUAUGGAAGUGAAGAAUGGUAGUAACUAGGAAAUUGGAAGCAGUAAAGUUUUUUACCAAGAUUAGAUGCUUAGUGAUAAAUUAGUCAUUUCAAUUCUAAGUUGGCGAGAGAUUUCUUGUAUGGAUUGCAGAACCACUCUAUUCAAUUGAUACAUCACUCUCUAGCGCAGAUGUUCGUGUUUUUUACAUAUAGAUGUGCUAUUUCCAGCUUUACUUAGGACAAGCCUAACAACCUUUUGAUACCCAUCCUCAGUCACAGUGAAGAUUGCAAGAGAAUACACAUUUGUAACGAGACUUCCAAAUUUUAUUUAGUAAUGGCCUUGAAUUAUUUUAGAUGUGGAGCAGUAUUUGUAUUAUAAUGGAAGGUUUCACGUUCAUUAUU